AAAAAAAACAAAGACAGUUGUCAGUUGGCAGUCGAUCUGUGUUAGUUGAAGCUGCAACUAAGUUCCAGGCGUAAAUACGCAAGAAGCUGUGUCACACAUUCGAAGAAGUUUACCAGAAGAGGAUUCUGCGAAUCAUGGCUGGAAAAAGGAGUCUUUGCGUUUUGGCCGCAAUGGUCUUAAUGGUUUCGUUGGCAAAUGGUCAAGCUGUGGAUCAGCCUGCCAAAAAUGAUGAACCAACUAAUUCCCCAAUAACCAUAGCACCUUCCAACAUAACUACAACUACCACAUCCACAACAACUACUUCCACUCCAAAACCAACUACGACCACCCCAGAACCAAUCACCACCACAACAACUACUACCACCCCAAAACCUAUCACCACAACAACUACAACCACCCCAGAACCAACCACCACCACAACAACUACUACCACUCCAGAACCUAUCACAACAACUACUACCACCCCAGAACCAAUAACCACAACAACUAUUGCACCCAUCACCACAACAGCUAAACCAAAACCUGAUAAACCUGAGGAAGGUAUGUGGAGGGUGAACUACACAGAGGCUACAAAUGUUUCCUGCAUUGUGGCUAGCAUGGCAUUAGAGCUGGAUGUGCCCUACACCACCAAGGAUAACAAGAAUUUGACUGCCAAAGUUUACCUGCCCAAAACAGCAGAGUCGAGUGGAAGCUGUGGUAAUGAUGUUCAGAUUAUGAUCCUGCAAUGGGAGAAGAACUCUGUAAAGUUCUUCUUCAAGAAAGACAACACCUCCUAUGGUCUGAGUCUAUUUGAUGCAUCCAUUGUGACAGAUUCAGUGAAUUUCCCAAAUGCUACUGCCAAUGAGAUCAUUCAGCUUAAUUACAUGUCCAAGGUUUUCAACAGCACUGAAAGCAAGUCUUAUAGAUGUGAUGAGGUGCAAGCCUUGAAUUUGAACAGUUCUAAAGUUUCUGGAGCCGAAUUAAAAGUCAGUUUCCUGCAUCUGCAGGCCUUCUAUAACAGCAGCGCGUCAGGAUUCCAAGAAGCCAUCAAUUGUCGCUCGUUGACUCCGGAUAUCGUUCCGAUCGCAGCCGGAUGCGCCCUCGCUGCUCUGAUUAUUCUAGUCCUGGGCGGUUACCUUUGGGGAAGGAGACGUUCCCAGGCCAGAGGAUACCUCUCAAUGUUUACGCAGUCCAAACGCGAAGAGGACUACAUUCCGAUGAAGAAUCUGUCGUGCUUUAAUUAGACACACACACAUAUAUAUAUAUAUGUAUACUUACAUAUAACGAGAGAAAAAGUAUGAAAGAAGAAAAAAGACACGAUUAGAUAUAAGCAGAUGCGUGCGCAUGAUGCACGAUAAUCUCGUUCAAAAUAAUGAGCGAAACACGAAAAAAAAACUUUUGCGUCCACAUUAAACAAGUAAUCGCACAUUGAUGAAGAAAAAAUGAAAUUAAUUUUCUCGAAUUUCGAAAGAAAGGCACUAAAUCAAUUCGAAUCUCAUCCUCUUUACACCUCACCACAUACAUAUAUAUUUUUUCGACGCCAUAUUGUGAUUUAUUUAAUAGUAAUAGCAGUAUUUAGUCUUAAGGCAAGUUGUGAUAUUUAUGAAAUAUGAACCGUCGCGAGAAGGUUUUAUUUUAUUAUUUUUUUCUUGUUUGCUGCGAACGAUAUCGAAUAUUUUAGAUAAAGUACGGUACUCGAGUACUUAGCCACGACUGUAGUAAUAAAAAAAAGAUAACGACAAGAUAUGCCAGUAUAUACGACACGUUAGGAAAAGUUCACAUGCAAGCACCCCUCACUCCCAAAGAACGCGAAUCGUCCGAGAUAACUUUAGUUUAGACUUGUAUUAUAAGAUUUUAAGAAAAUAAAGCAGUCACAAUUGA